AUGUUGGGUUAUUUUUCUCAGUUAAUUACGGGUGUUUAUUCCAUUUGUGAUGGACCUGCUCUUUCACACACUUCUUUUCUUGGAACUAAGACUGUUCUUUUUCCUCAAUUGUUCUCCUUUCAGUCAAAGCUUGUGUUUUCACUAAUCGGCUAUAGAGCACGGAGAAAGCCCUUGUUUCAUCACGUUGACCCUGAAGCUGUCCCACAUUCUCUAACUCCUUAUGAGGGUAGAGCUCCUAAAAGUGACAAUAAAAUGAGGUGGAGACCUUUUGGGACUUCUCGUGACAAAGAAUUACUGGCCAGAUUACUUGCAGACUCAGACAACUUUUUUGUUACAUGUCAAGGACUUCUUCUUCAUUACAAGCUCAACUUUCCUGGUUCUCCCCCGCAUACUUUGUCAUCAACAUCUCGCAUUGAACCUAAUUAUAGUUACUACACUUUAUCUAUGGCUGGAGGGUAG